UUCCUACUUUAUCGACUCGUGGCCAUUGUUUUGAUUGUUGACGUUUGUUUACAUCGUUUACAUUUAAUCGGAAUUUAAUUUGCUCAGAAAACAAAUAUAAUACAUCUAUUAUUCUAUUUUAGUGAAAAUAACUGUCAGUAAAUCUUGCUAUUGAAUAUUUCUAAGACAUUCUACAAUUUUAUGGAUAUGAAACGUGGUUAUACAUUUCCAAUAACUGCAAUGGAUAUAUCAGACGAAGUUCCCAACAAAGUUGCUUUGGUGGAAAGAAUUGAUUGUCCCUUGGGUGUAAAAUUAGUUAAUCCUCGUUAUACGAAUAAAAAAGCGCCAAACGACUUAAUAGAAUUAGCAACAGAAAUUCAAAAGGCCAGUGAGUUUGUUAAUGCCAAUACUUGCAAUAAAUUACAAAUAAUAGCGGAGCAAAUGAGAUUUUUAUAUAAACAAGCGGAGAAAGUGUUAUCAGAGACAAAAGAAAAUAUGAACUUGCAUUAUGCCGCUUGUAAUUUUGUGAAACAACGUGGUAGCAUAUAUCAUUUAUAUCAGAGAGAAUCUGGCCAAUGUUAUUUAUCUAUGCUCAGUCCAGAGGAUUGGGGUAAUUCUGGACCUCAACAAUCAUAUAAAGGCUCCUUCAGACUAGAACAAGAUAAUUCUUGGACUCCAUUAGCGCAAAUACAAUCUAAAGAUAAUGAAACUCAUGUUAUUAAUCAAAUUUUACAAAGUAACGAAAGUUCUCGACUUGCAUCAUUGCAAAAUUAUAUGAGUAUAGAUUAUUGAUUUUUAACUUUCAUCGAAACUUCCUCGAUUGUACAUAUUAUUUUUAUUCAUUUUCUCCUAAGAAAAUAUCGAAAAAGAAAUUUUACUAAAUUACCUAAUUUAUAAACUUUAAAUCAGAUGAUAAAUUUUAAUUGAAUUACUUUUCAUCGACGGAAUUAAACACUUUGUUUUAAUAUUUUGAA